AAGACUUUUUGGUGUGAAAAGCUAUCCCAAAACACCCCUAGUUUCGAGAGAUCAGGUUGCGUCGUACACUCUCGUUUCCACCUCGCCACCGACGAAUCUCCUUCCCAUCGCCAUCUGCCGUCACCGCCGCCAACUCCAGCUGUAUCCACAACAGGGCAAAUUAGCAGGAGGGUCAAACUUGUCAAUAUCAGUAAAGGAAGUUUUGUGAUUUUCCACCAUGGGAGAAGAAAAAGAAGCUGAAAAUACUCAAGUUUCUGAAUUAUCCACAACAGAAUUAGAAGAACAAAAUGAAAACACAUUGAAUUUUCUUGAUUCGGUGGAUAACUAUCUCAUCUUGAUUGAAUCAUUAACUUCCACACUUCGCCAGGGAUGGCUGGAGUUAGCUAGUGCUAGACAUUCAAUGGGAGGUUCACGUGUAAACACUGCUUUGCUUACUCUUAAACAACACUCUGCUGCUACAAAAGUGGAAGUAAAUUAUGACAACGGUGGCUCAAUGAAAAAGUCACCACAUUUGACUUUAUGCAAAUGGACAUCUUCUGACAAAAAAGACUCGUCUUUUGAGAAAGAAAACACUGACAAUAAAGAUUCAACAAAAGAAAGCAAUGAAUCUGAAACAACUGCAUCACCACAUAGAACAGAAAACCAUCUUCAAAAAGAACGAGGGAAAGUACUAUCAAUGUUUGGGGGUUUGGUUUCUCCUAAGCUUCGGGCUUCUCAACUUUCAUUUGAGAAAGCUCUGGAAACACUUGUGGAGAUAGCAAAUGUACGUUCAUCAAUUCUUGGAUCUCAUCAUGCAUUGUUACAACACAAGGUUAAGGAUACGAAUAGCACUGAGGAAUGAAAAAAAUUGGCCAAUUGGGUUUUAACUAGUGUCCAAAAUAAUUACACUAUAGUUUUGACUCCAUUUGUUGUCCACUCUUUUAUAUUUGUCUCCUUGGUGAUUGAUAUUUGUGAAUUACCAGUUUCGCUAUUACUUAGUUGGAUGUGACUUUAUUGAACUAUUAUUCUGUCAAUAUUUAUAUUCGUCUUCUAUGAUAUGAUAUUUAAAUAUGUUUUAUAAUAGUUAAGGAUUUUCAGCA